AUGUCCAACUCGAAUACGCCGCGCAAGUUCAGCGAGAAAAUUGCGAUAUUGGAGAGGAAGCAGAAUGAGGAGAACACCACCUUCGAGGAUAUCAUGCGACAGGUAGCACACUGCUCAUCAUUCCCCCCUCAAUUCGGAUCGUUUGCAGGUGCAGUCGAUCACGCACCAACCUGGCGAAUCCUCGGGAUCUUCCGCGACCACUGCUCCGAUGGCCAUUCCGCAACAGGGCAAUUCGGGCGGACUGCAUCCUCCCCAGCCGUGGGGCCACAAUCUAGGAGGAUCUCUGCCGAACGUUCACCAGAUGCCUUCCUAUUCUCCCCCGCAAUGGCCUCCCCCGUGGCAACAGGACGUUAUGCACAGGCCGAUGGUCCCUUUCCUUUCUUCUUUCGUGCCCCUAAUACUUCUCAUUUCAGCAAGGACACAGAAGUCGUUCUCCCGAAGAUCACAUGAUCGGAAGUGCCUCCGGCUCUCCCUCCCACCACUAUCAUCCGUACGGAAUGAGGGCAAACGGUCGUUCGCCCGAUCGGAUUCCUUCUGUGCAUCAGCAGUAUCCCCCUUACGGACCUCCGUUCAAUCAGCCAGGAGGUCUUGUUCCGCCCCCAGAUUCAUUCAAUCAGUGAGUUCAUUUCUUCUCUUCCCUCUCAUUUCAAUCGCCUUCAGAAUCAACCGAGCCCGUUCGGACCCUGCAAUCCACAACACGGGCGGAAUGAUGCCGAUGCAUCCGAUGCACCACCAGAUGCCCAUCCACCACAUGCCCCAUUUCAUUCAGAACGCGAUGCCGGGUCCUUCCGGAAUGAUGCAGCAACAGUCUCAGACGCAUUCUCCUCAAGUGACUCCGCAGGGAUCUCAGCAAGGAUCUCCCCUUCAGAAUCAUCAGAUUCCACCGCCGCUUCAAAUGGGAAACGCUACGUCAUCGAUGGGAAACAAUGGAAUGUCGCCGUUACAGUCUCCGAAUCACAUGAUGACGCCUAUGUAUGGGUGAGUUCGUCCAGUCCGAGAAAGCCUGUUCACUUCUCUCUCUCUCUCUCUCUUUCAGAUUUCACAAUGGGUCUCCGUUACACUCUCCGAUGGAUUCCCCACAUGCUUCCACGUUGAUGCUCGAUGGCUCAGGGACGCCGUGCAUGGAACUGAGUCCUCCUGGAAUGCACGAUUUUAAUCAUGACGCGGGAAGUCUGCCGAACCUCCAGAAUCAUCCGCAGAUGCAGCAUAAUCCGGAGUACACUAAUGGAUGCAACGGAGUCGGCGGCGGCGGAGGGGGCGGAUAUUACCACGCUCCCGUCGGCCCUCGACAUAGUACCGGAACGUGCGGACCUCGGUUAGUGCCCGGUCCCACGCUGACUCCGGAGUCCCAGUCGGCGCCCACUUCCCCGCACAACCAGCUGGAUCCGAACCAGCCGCCGAUGUGGCCGGUCAGAACAUUCUCAAAUUCGCCGGAAGCGCUCGACAUUCCCAAGUUGACGAUAACGAAUGCGGAAGGAGCGCCCGGACAUCAUGUCGAUUGCUUCAAUGAUCUGAAUGUGAGUCACUUGUGCCGCACACUUCCUACUGAUAUUUUGCCCUUUUUAGGAUAUCGGUCUCGAAGGUCUCGACAGUGUUCUGUGUAACGGCGGACCUCCAGCCGCGCCUCCGCCCAAUUCAUUCCACGAUCCGGGCGGUGCUCAGAUGCUCCAAAACUAG